AAACGAACGAACGCUUACAGUAUCUCACUGUCUUGAAUCGUGUUUUUCCAAACCCUAACUCUAAAGCUUCACCAUCAUCAUCAUCAUCUUCCUCCAAAAUCACCAACCUCAACCUUUCAUCCAUUUUUCCAAUUCACCUCUUUCUCUUCCCAAUUUUCAUUCCUCAAAACCCUAAUUUCACAUACAAUCCACAAUGAAAAGGAAGAGAAGUUCUUCUACGAAAUCAUCACAACAAGCGGUUUCUUCAGAUUUACCUAAUGAAUGUUGGGAAUUGAUCUUCAGAUUCAUCCUCAAAGACGAAAACAAUUUAGAUUAUUACUCAUUAUAUAUCUUGAAUUCUCUAUCCCUUGUCUCCAAACAGUUCCUCUCCAUCACCAACACUCUUCGAUUAUCACUCUCUGUCCCAUUUUCUAGAGGCAUGAUUCCCAUCUUCAAAAGAUUCACCGACAUAACCUCUCUCAAAUUCGAUCCUUUCCUUUACCCUGACCUCGACAAAAUUCUUUGCAAAGUCUCUCGUUUUCCUUUGAAGAAACUCACAUCACUCGAUAUUUCCUACCAAUGCACCAUUCCCGCAAAUGGGUUGCGAGUUUUCUCUCAAAAUAUUAGAACUUUGACCUCUCUCACUUGUUCCGACAUUGAUGAUUUUAAUACUACUGACUUGUUUCUUAUCGCAGAAUGUUUUCCUUUGCUUGAAGAACUCAACCUCAUUUUCCCUUCAGAUUGGAAAAGUAUAUAUAAAAAUUACAAUAACUAUUGUGAUGGGAUAGAGGCUCUUUCACUUGCAUUAGUCAAACUCCGUAAGGUUAAACUUUGUAGAUUUCCCAUGAGUGACAAGUCACUCUUUUACUUGUUCAACAGUUGUAAGCUUCUUGAAGAUGUUACCUUGUUUGAGUGUGAUCAAAUAACUAUUGCUGGAAUUGCUUCUGCUAUUCGUGAGAGACCAACAUUGAAGUCAUUAUCGUUUUGCAAUCGAACAUACUCUGAAAAUUCUAUUUCUAAUGAUGAUAUUUCGCAUUUUAAAGUUACUUCAGAUUUUAUUGACUCGCUGGUGAGUUUGAAGGGUUUGACUUCUCUUUCUUUGAGAUCUCUGGAUAUCUCUGAUGAAAUGCUCUACUCUAUUGCGAGGGAAGGUCUACCUUUGACGAGGCUUGCCCUCAGAUAUUGCUUGGACUAAAGCUAUGCUGGAAUCUUUUGUUUGUCAUCUAAGUGUCGAGGUUUGCAACACAUGGAUCUUGAACAUGCCAUUUUCCUGAAUGAUCACUAUGUUGAUGAGUUUUCUUUGUUUAUUGGUGAUUUAGUGUCUGUAAACCUUAGUCAAUGUUUGGAGAUCACAUAUUCAUCCUUGUUUGCACUCGUUAGGAAUUGUCCUUCACUUAGUGAGAUCAAAAUGGAAAAUAUAGGGAGUAAGAGUUUAGACAAUUCUGAUUCUUUGCCGGAUUUUGGUGUAUACCCUCAAUUGAAGUCUCUCUAUUUGGCUUACAAUACAUGGGUAAGGGAUGAACACAUCAUAAUGUUUUCUUCCAUUUUUCCUAAUUUGAAGCUGUUUGAUUUGAACUCUUGCAAUCACAUAUCGGAAGGCAUUUGUCAAGUUUUAAGGAGGUGUUCUAAUAUUAGGCAUUUAAAUUUAGCCCACUGUUCAAGAGUGAAUCUACUUGAAGUGAACUUCGUAAAACACUCUAUGUGAUCUCAAAGUAUUGUUGUGGACUUUUGAAACUAUUUGUGAACAAUUGUAAUGAUGUCACAGAGAAAGGAGUGAAACAUGUGAAAGAAAACUGCUCACAACUGAGGGAGCAUGGAUACAUUCGGCACUAUUCUGAAAGUGUUGUGCUGAAAGUUUGAACUCUAUAUUUUCUUCUUUCGGAAUAAGGAAGGAAGCAUAAGCUAUUCUCAGCCUCCGUGUCUUGUUGCAUGGAUGUUAGGAGUGUACUAAAACUACAAAAUUGUGGAAAUUUUUCAAGUGUUUUUCUUUAUGUCCAUACACUAUAAAGUGCAUCGUCUGAAUAUAUUUUAAAUCAAGCUUUCCAGUUUUAUGAAAGCUUCCUGUUUUGUUCAUAAUUUCAAAUAACUAUGUUUGCUUAUAACAUAAUUGUGACCUGACCAUUUUCUAUGACGUUGAUUGAAGUAGAUAUUUGGUAAAUUUCAUGUUGAUUGAUAUACAGUUGUAAUUUGUUUUCUGUAUUUUAUAAUUAAAGCUAUACUUUGCAAACACCUUCUUCAAUGUUGUUAUUUGUUGAAACUAUAAACUCAAUCCAUCUAUUUGUUCUUAAUUAACUUAGUUUAAAAGUUUCAGGGAACAUGCAGUAGGUCUGUCUAUGCAUGUUUGAGAUCAUUACCCAUUGAGAACAGUUAAUGAUGGAUUGUUAUUUCUAGUUAUAGUACUUGCUUCUUAGUGAAAGACCUUUCUUAUAGUUCUUGAAAAUGUUUACUUUAUAUCUAUAAUCAUUUAUGUGGAAAAACAUUUUUUGAUUGGUGUUACCACAUUGUAUGUUUAAAAUAACGAUGAGUUUGACGAAAUCAUAAUGGCAUCGCGAUUUUGUUGAAGCUCCAAAGUGUAUCUUAUAUCAACAUAACGGUGACAUGUUGUAAUUUUGCCAAACUUACCGCGAAUUCAAACAUGGCCUCAUGUUUAUUGAAGAUUGUGAUUUUUCCUAGAAGUUAAUCUUUGGUUUUGAAUUUAUACUUAUAAAAUGGUAGCAUACACGCCUCAUUUUGGAACAUAUUGCUAUGUGCAGGGAAGUCUUCUGUCCCAUUGCUGGGUGUGGAGCGCGUUUGGCUUCAAUUGAGGAUUUUGAAAAUCACUAUUAUGCAAGACAUACUGCAUCCUGUUCUGUGUGUUCUAGAGUCUACCCCACAUUACGUUUGCUCAGCCUACAUGUAUCCGAAGCUCAUGAUUCUUUCUUUCAGGCAAAAGUUGCUCGUGGCUAUGACAUGUAUGAAUGCUUAGUGGAAGGUUGCGGUUUGAAAUUCAAAAGCUACAAAAGUAGGCAGCACCAUCUAGUUGACAAGCAUAAAUUCCCGACGUCAUUCGAGUUUUUCAAGAAGGCUCUUCCUUCAAAGAAACACAGGAUAAAGUCUCAACGCAAAAAGCCUUCUCAAAAGGAGGAUACUUCAGGAAUGAUGGAAGUGGAAAAUGCAGCUAUGGAUGACCUCGUUUCAGCAGUAUCUAGAUUAAAUACUUCAGACACCGCUCCUUCCUCUAUCAGCUUUGGUCGCCGUAACACCAAAGGCAUGUCAUUUGUCCCUCGAGCUGUUCAGCGUGGGAAGGGAUCUAACUCAGGCUCAUCUGUUACUAAGAAAUAAGCUUACACUUGAAUCAAUCUGCAUUAAUGUGAUUGCUUAAUCAUCAAUCUUCGGAUGCUGUCCCGUUGUAAAAUUGCUCGAUACCAGGGUUGAAGAUCAGAAAAUAGAAUCGUGCUGGAGGAUGUAAUAACAGCAUGCUUUUAUUAUGUAAGUGUCACUAACAUAGGUUUUGAGCCCAUGCAAAUUAUAUAUGCUAAUUAUGUGGAGUUUUUGAGUUUCUAUUUAGAGUGAUGUUGUUCUGUUUAGCUUAUAUUCUCUUUGGUGCAUAACAAGUCUGUUAUUAUAGUUGAAAGAAAUCACUCUUACAGCUUUUUGUAUGUUUGUCUGUCUUUGCAAAUAAAUACCAAGCUUUGCAAAUGGUGCCAUCUUCUUGUUGACAUUUAUUGUGAUUAA